GAGUGAGCAUUCCUUACGCGUAAACCCAAAUCUCGAGGCCUUUCCUUAACGCGGAUCCCCGGCAUCGUUGUCUUCUCCUUCCUCUUCCUGUCACUCAACUCCAUCGCAUCAAGUUUUCAAGCGAAGCGCAUCUUCUGUGUAGUUUUCUGACUUCGAUUUCCUCAAUUUCAUUCAAUCAUCGAUACAGCACCCAACCCUAUUAUCAUGGUGCAACCGGCGGCUAAUUCCCAAUCCAACCAGCAGUUCUUGAGCUCCGUCCUCUCCCAGCGUGGCCCAUCGGCGCUUCCGUACACCGAAGAUACCAAAUGGCUCAUCCGUCAGCACCUUCUUAAUCUCACCACCAACUUCCCUUCUCUUGAUCCUAAAACUGCUACUUUCACUCACAAUGAUGGACGCUCCGUUAUCCUCCUCCAAGCCGAUGGGACAAUUCCGAUGACCUUUCAAGGCGUCACGUACAAUAUCCCAGUCAUUAUAUGGCUGAUGGAGUCAUACCCUCGUCAUCCACCUUGUGUGUAUGUGAACCCGACCCGAGACAUGAUCAUCAAGCGCCCUCAUCCCCAUGUCAGCCCAUCCGGUCUGGUUUCUGUGCCUUACUUGCAGAAUUGGAUAUACCCAAGUUCCAAUUUGGUUGAUCUUGUGAAAAAUUUGAGUGUUGUUUUUGGUCGCGAUCCACCGCUUUAUUCCCAGCGUAGAGCACCGCCACCUUCAUCGAACCCUAAUUCGAAUUUCGGGGUUAAUCCAAGUGGCAGUUUGUCCGGUAUUUCGUCGAGUUUGGGGUCUACGGCUGGGUAUGCUCACCCGCCGAUUCCUCCGAGGACCUAUCCGCCUUCUCCUUAUGGUAGUGGUGGGGCAGCUGCUCGGGUUCAAUCACAGACUCACACGGAGGAUCCAACGGAGGUUUACAAGCGGAAUGCCAUCAAUAAGCUAGUGGAGAUGGCACAUAUUGAUGUUUCUGGACUGAGGAAGACGAGGGAGGUUGAAAUGGAAGGGUUGUUCAAUUUGCAGGUGGUAUUGAGGCAGAGAGAGGAGCAAAUUAAUAAGGGUUUGAAGGAAAUGCAGGAGGAGAAGGAAGCUUUGGAGCAGCAAUUACAGAUGAUUUUGAUGAAUACAGAUGUUCUAGAGGGAUGGUUGAGAGACAAUCAAGGGAAAAAGCUGGGAAAUGUAGAGGACAUUGAUGAUGUUUUCGAAUGCGUGGAUGUGCUUUCAAAGCAAAUGCUUGAGUGCACAGCAGUUGAUUUGGCUAUUGAAGAUACUGUCUAUUCACUGGAUAAGGCAGUUCAGACAGGCGCCAUACCAUUUGAUCAGUACUUAAGAAGUGUGAGGGCUCUUUCAAGAGAGCAGUUCUUUCAACGUGCUACAGCUUCGAAAGUCAGAGCUGCUCAGUUGCAGGCUCAGGUUGCUAAUAUGGCUGCCCGGAAUUCACAUUAUGGAAGGUAGCGGAGGGCACAUGGUUGCUUUCAUGUCUGAUGAAGGUAUAUCAUUAGGUCGGAAUCCUUCAUUGUGGGCUCAGUAUCAAAUUUGUUGAUUACGUAGAGUCAGUGCUUCUUGCCAAUAUAGCAUAAAUUGGUGAGUACUUCAAGAACUUCGGUUGAGGUCAAAACUUGUUAGGCAGGACAUGACGCUGGUCUCCUGUUCUUAUACAGACAUAAACACGUUUAACAAUUUUGGUGUCUGGGCUUGUUAGCGAUUGUUUUGAAGUAAACCUAUAGAUUGUAGAUUUGGCUUUCUUUGUAUCUGUUAAUUCGGAAAGGGAUUGGUAUAUCAUGAUAUAUAUUUUUUGUUCUUUAGAAAAUAAAUUCUUGCAUCUAUUGGUUCUUUAA